GACUAUAAUAUAUUCUCAUUCAUAUCCUCUGAUCAAUCAUUCCAAGUGGGAUCGCAUUUUCCGCUCUCAUCUGUAUUUCAUUUACUCUCUCUGUCUCUCGCCUCCCCCUGGCUUUAGCUUCGCACCUGGGAGGCCCCUGAUUAGGAAAGGGCUCGUUGCUACUUGGUGACAUAAAAAAAUAGAUUGCAGCUGUAUUUGAGGCCAAUGGCAACAAAUGAAAAUCUUCCUCCCAAUGUAAUAAAACAACUUGUCAAGGAAUUGAAAAAUCUUGAUGAAUCUCCUCCUGAGGGCAUCAAAGUUAUGGUUAAUGAUGAUGAUUUUUCAACAAUAUAUGCGGACAUUGAAGGCCCAGCCGGGACUCCUUAUGAGAAUGGAGUUUUCCGCAUGAAAUUGUUAUUGUCUCAUGAUUUUCCAAACUCUCCACCUAAAGGUUAUUUCUUGACUAAGAUUUUUCAUCCAAAUAUUGCAACAAAUGGAGAGAUUUGUGUCAACACGCUAAAAAAAGAUUGGAAUCCCAGUCUUGGGUUACGUCAUGUUCUUAUUGUAGUUAGGUGUCUAUUGAUUGAACCAUUUCCAGAAUCAGCUUUAAAUGAACAAGCUGGUAAAAUGCUGCUCGAAAAUUAUGAAGAGUAUGCUAGACAUGCCAGGCUUUACACAGGAAUCCAUGCCAAGCCGAAGGCCAAAUUUAAAACCGGUGCCAUAUCAGAAUCUACAACUGCAUUGAACGUUGAUCAGAGCAACCCCCCAGUUCUUAAAACUGAUGUGAAAAAUGCAUCUCUGGGUGCUUCAUUGCCAUUGCAGUCCUCUUCAGCCCACUCAGCUAUGGCAAUUAGGGGGAGCAAUCAGGAGCAGCUAGUUGCUGCUCCAAGUGAGGCAGGCGUUAAUGGCUCUUCCGGUGCAACCAUAGUGCCUCCUACCUCUCCUGCACCACAAAAGAAGGAAAGUGGUCUACCAAAAGCUCAGGCAGACAAGAAAAAGAUUGAUGCCAGAAAGAAAAGCUUGAAAAGAUUGUAAUGAAGUUGUCGAGUAAUUGAACUCUUCAUUUGUAGUUUUGUUGACUGACUGAAAAAGUUUAAGGGGGACUAGGCGUAGGCGGGUUUAUGUCACAUCGAAAGCAGAUGCCUCUGGAAAAUGUUUAAAGUAUACAUGUAUACAUACGUAGUUAUGCGGUU